GUGCGAUCCCAAGUUCAGUGCAAGGGCUAUUGUGAUAAUAUUAAUGCACAGCAAACGUGGGACCGCCGAACUCUAGAAUGGGACCGAACCCCACGACUUUGCUUCUCGCAGUGGUAGCUUGGGUUGCGGUGACUGUCACAGCAUCAGGAGACAGUCCUUGCAGCCGGGCCCCUGAGUUCCUGUCUCCUGCAGGAGAACAGAUUCUGGAGCCCCAGCUGGGAGAUCAGCUCCUCCUGAACUGUACGGUUCGGGUCUCCUAUGACCAGAGAUACAACGCCUGUGACUCCAUCUUCCAGUGGCUAAAGGACGACCAGCAGCUCCCCAGAGAAAGCCAGGACACAAGCACCAAACUGGACUGGUUUGACAACGACGCCUCCGAGAAGUUUCUGAGCAGCCUGCUUCAGGUGAACGUCAACAAGUUCAGCGACUACGGGCACUACUCCUGCCUGAUAAGAAACGCUACAGCUGGCUUCACCCUGCACAGACCAGGGACCGCAAGCCACAUUGCUGGAGUGAUAGCGGCCCUCGUUGUGGUGCUGAUCCUUGUGCUGGCAGUGCUGCUGUGGGUGAAGUGCAGGCUGGAUGUGAAGCUCUGGUACAGAAACGCAUACGGAGACUAUGAAAUCUAUGAUGGGAAGAUCUAUGAUGCCUACGUCUCCUACGUGAACACGGCUCACGACAGGAAGUUUGUGAACUUCAUUCUAAAGCCUCACCUGGAGAACAGGUACAGCUACAAGCUGCACCUGAAUGACACAGAUGUUCUGCCAGCCUCAGAACCCUCCGCCGAGCUCCCGAAGAACGUGAGCCUCUGCCGGCGCCUGAUUGUGGUUCUGUCCAAGUCUUACCUGGAGCAGGACUGGUGCGCAAACAACUUCAGGGAAGGGUUUUGGCAUCUCUUGGAGCUGAGUCACAAGCCCAUUUUCAUCAUGUAUGAGAGUGAGUACAGAGAGAUGAGUCACCCAGCCACCCUGCUGCUGAAGGAGCACAAGAGAGACGUCACUCUGCUGCUGUGGAACUCCAAGUCCAUGACCCCCUCCUCGGAGUUCUGGAAGGAGCUAGUCCUGGUGAUGCCCCGCAGUGUGACCUACAGCAGCACCAUGGCCGACCCCCAAACCCUGCUGCAGGACGACAAGGACCCCAUGCUGACCCUGGACCCCGAUUACCUGGACUGCAGGGCGGACCCCGACCCAGAGGGAGACCUGGGCAUUCGAGUCCCUAUUUAUAAAGGCCCCCCGCCUAGAGUAUCUGCCCUCCCCUGCGCCGACCUCCCCUCUGCCACCCCAAUGGCUGAGCUGAGACCCAGUGAAAUCGACAUCUCCGACCUGGGCUCCCGCAGCUACGCAGCGCGCACGGACUUCUACUGCCUGGUGACUGGCGAGGACGUCUAGCACGUGCUUCCGAGAGAGAGAAGGCGUUACUGAACCCUCACGCUGGCGUGUCGGAGGCCUGCCCUUCUCUUUCAUAGCAGCCCAGAGGCUCCUGUGUUUAUUGCUGUGGCCGACAGAUUUGUUCUUGGAAAGGAAGGAUUGUUGCGCUAGGCUUUGCACUAAAACUUUUCCCCACACCCCACAAGUAUCUGAUGCAGCAUCCCUGCUUUCCUGUGAAACAAGCGACGGCAGUCAUAAUACAGCAAGCAGGACAUGAAGUUUAUAAUCGUGAAUGUGUGAAAAACGUUUUAUGUUGAUGAAAUUGAAACAUGAUCCUUAUUUUAAACCAGUUGAUUGCAUCCUAAAAUCAGUACACUUAGUAAUAGACCUUUCACAGUAUAGACAUGCAUACCGCUACACAUAAAUCUCUCUCUCUCUCUCUCUCUCUCUCUCUCUCUCUCUCUCUCUC